GUGGCGAGACUGUCAUGAUAUGAAUCCGCUUCAUAUUGCUGCGAUAAAAGGGCACGUUGAGAUCAUGGAGCAUCUCCUUGAAGAGAGUCAUUUGCUUGCUAUGGAGGGGUUGCCUCGCAAAGAGACUGUGUUGCACUUGUGCGUGAAACACGGUCAACUUGGGGCGUUGAAGGUGUUGAUAGAUAGGCUGGGAGCUGAGCUUGUGGAUGCAGAUGAUGAGAAUGGAGAGACAAUAUUGCAUAUGGCUGUCAGGUCCAAUCAACUUGAGACUAUACAAUACCUUGUGGACAACAAGAAAAUAAAGAGGCGAACACGUAAUAUCAGAGGCCAUACACCACUGCAAGUCUUAAAUGAGAGCCCUCGCUACACAGCUACUAGGUAUUCGGAAGUUAGAAAAUUAUUAUUAAAACUGUUACGACCAUCACUUGACAAAAUAUUGCCCAAGUGGACCAACACGAUGAUGGUGGUGGUGAUCCUGAUAGCAACGAUGGCAUUCCAGAACUCCAUCAACCCACCUGGUGGCAUUUGGCAGGAAGAUACGUCAUCACACAAGGCCGGUGAUGCUGUGAUAGCACAUACUCAUCCACAUAUAUACAGAUAUUUGGUGCAUGCUAACACCGUAGCAUUCAUUUCAUCCUUCCUCGCAAUCUUACUCAUCACCACUGAAGCGCCAUCCGUAAACAUUUGCUUCUGGAGGAUGGCCGUGUAUGCUAUGGCGGUGUCGAUGAUGGCUAUCACAUUGAGUUACGCAGCAUCCACAAUGGUGACCGCUCCCAACAUAAAAAAUAAACCAAUUCACCUUAUCACCAUCAUAUUCAUCCUUGCGUGCCUUGUCGCCUUUGUACUCAUGUUUCUCUUUUUGCAUCUGCUAAGUCAUUACUUCAACUGGAAGGCAAAAAUACGGAGUCAGGAAGAUCUUACAACGGAUCCUCUAUACAAACGGAUCCUGUAUUGGAUUUACCAACAUUUCGAGACCCGAGAUGUUUGAGAUUCAAUCGUUGAACAUUUCUAAAUAUAGCAUUCCACAUGACGUGUGUGUCCAUGUUUUGUUCA